ACGGUGCAUUCCCGGCGGGACCCUCAGACCUCGAGCAGCCGCUGUCCGCGCAGCCGCCAUCGCCGUGUCCGCCCGCAGCCCAGUGGCCAUGCGAGGAUACCGCGGCGUCAAGUACAUCCUGUUUGUUUUCUGCUACGUCUUCUGGGUUGUGAGCGCCGUUCUCAUUGCAGUGGGAAUCUACGCCAAGAUCGUCAAGGAGAAAGAUGUGGUGGACACGCUGACCGUGGACCCGGCGCUCCUCCUCAUCAUGGUGGGCUCGCUGAUGUUCAUCAUCACCUUCCUGGGAUGUUUGGGUGCCCUGCGGAACGCCACCUGCCUGCUGAAGACAUUUGCGGCCAUCCUGGCGGCGGUGCUUCUGGUGCAGCUGACAGCAGGAAUUCUGGGAUAUGUCUUCACUGACACGGUGAUGGAGCGGACGGAGCGCCUCAUGAUGAAGACCAUUGUCCGCUACCGGGAGGACCAGGACCUGGAGAACGCCAUCGACUUUGUCCAGAAGAAGUUCCAGUGCUGCGGCGUGGACAACUACAAGGACUGGUCCAAGAACGUCUACUUCGAGUGUUCCGACUCCAAUCCCAGUCUGGAAGCCUGCGGCGUGCCUUUCUCCUGCUGCGUCAUCCCCAGCAACCAGACGGUGCUGAACACCAUGUGCGGCCUGGGCACCCAGCGGCAAGAUCUCCGGUGGGCCUCCCGGGACGUCUUCACCGACGGCUGCCUGCCGAAGAUGGCGGCGUGGAUCCGGACCAAUAUGAAGAUGCUGGCCGGGAUGACGGGCGGGUUGCUGCUCCUGGAGGUGUGCGUGAUCGCCCUGGCUGUGGCUCAGGUGUGCUGGAUCAACAAAGUGCGGCGACGGAAGGCGGAGCUCGCCACCCGGAACGCGUCCCGGAAGAAGGACGAGCUGUGGCUUCCCGCCUUUGCUGACUUUGACCAAUGAGAGGCGACCCGGACUUAUCAGGUUCAUCCGGCAGUGACCCCUACAGGCUGGAGUCGUGAUGACACACCAGUCACAAAGCUGCUCAUAAACAAACAAAAAAAACCCAGCUAAUUUCUUAAGCUCACAAUGUCGAAACCUCAUCAUCACUUUUUGGCAGGCCGGCAUAGGUUGCUGUCCAAAGUGAGGCCCCGGGGGCCAUUUGUGUUUUUUAGUGGCCCACAACACAUUCUGCAGAUGAAAUUGUGUCCUUGGGCAAGACACUUUACCCACCUGCUCCCAGUGCCACCCACACUGGUUUAAAUGUAACUUAGAUAUUGGGUUUCACUAUGUAAAGCGCUUUGAGUCACUAGAGAAAAGCGCUAUAUAAAUAUAAUUCACUUCACAAAAAAAAAUUCACAAAUAAACAUAAAAUAUUAUGCAAAAAAAAGGGGGGAGUCAACUAGGGUAUACUAAUACUAAUAUAGUUGGAGUUAAAGUGCCCAUGAUUGUCACACACACACACUAGGUGUGGCGAAAUUAUUCUCUGCAUUUGACCCAUCACCUUUGAUUGGUGAGGGGAGCAGUGAGCAGCAUACUUGCCAACCUUGAGACCUCAGCUCAGAAUUAGGGAGAUAUUCAAAGGGUCAUAUAUAUAUAUAUAUAUAUAUAUAUAUAUAUAUAUAUAUAUAUAUAUAUAUAUACCAGUGACGUGCGGUGAGGUUCAUGGCUGGUGAGGCACUGACUUCAUCAGAGUCAGAUUUAUAAACAUAUGAACCCUAUAGAGCAUGGGUGUCAAACUCUGGCCCGCGGGCCAAAUCUGGCCCGCCGUUUGAUUUCAUUUGGCCCUUGAGGCAACAUCAAAUUAACAUUAGAGCUGGCCCGCCGGUAACACCACAUUCACCGCUAAUACUCAUACUGCCCAACCCUCUCGAUUUUCCCAGGAGACUCCCAAAGUUUAGUGCCCUUCCCGAAAAUUCCCUGGGCAACCAUUCUCUUCGAUUUCCACCCGGACAACAAUAUUGGGAGUGUGCCUUAAAGGCACUGCCUUUAGCGUCCUUUACAACAUGUCGUCACCUCCUCUUUUCCUCCAUAUAAACAGCGUGCUGGCCAAGUCACAUAAUAUAUGUGGCUUUCACACAUACAUACUUGGUCAAAAUCCAUACAGGUCACACUGAGGGUGGCCGUAUAAUCAACUUUAACAUUGUUACAAAUAUGCGCCACAGUGUGAACACACACCAAACAAGAAUGAAAAAACACAUUUCGGGAGAACACCCGCAAACACAACAUAAACACAACAGAACAAAUACCCAGAAGCCCUUGCAGCACUAACUCUUCCGUAACGCUACAAUAUACACUCCCGCUACCACCAAACCCCACCCACCUAAUUUUAAUUUUAUUUUCGAAUUUAUUAGCCUGUGGAAAAAGUUAAUGUUGAUAUUUACCUCAGAAGGCUGCAAAUAGAAAAGAGGGAUUCAUUUUUUUAAUUAAAUUUUAUUUAAUAUACCACUGAUGUUUUUUCGUUUGUUUUUUGAAAGUUGAUUUUGCACUCUUACGUUAUAUAAGCUCUGCCUGUUCCAUGGGAGGAAGCCCGAGUACCCGGAGGGAACCCACGCAGUCACGGAGAGAACAUGCAAACUCCACAGGAUUGAGCCAGGAUUACUCAGGACCUUCGUAUUGUGAGGCAGAUGCACUAACCCCUGGUCCACCGUGCUGCCCUAUUUAAGCCUUGCUUGUUCAAUAUUCAUUGCAAAACUUGUUUGGGUCCCUAUUAAAAGGUUAAUUUGUUCAACCUUGGCCCGCGGCUUUGUUCAGUUUUAAAUUUUGGCCCACUCUGUAUUUGAGUUUGACACCCCUGCUGUAGAGCAUGGGUGUCAAACUCUGGCCCGUGUAAUUUAAUUUGGCCCUUGAGGCAAUAUCAACUUAACAUUACAGCUGGCCCGCCGUUAUUACACAGCAGCGGUGCCGCUGUAACAUGGCGCCGCUAGGGAUUUUGGGCCCCAUGAAAAGACUCUUUACAGGGCCCCCAACACAUAAUUUUAUAUAAUUACAUCAUCAUUAGGGGCCUCUCUGGGCCCCCCUCCAUCAUGGGCCCCUAGAAUCCGUCUCCUUUCCCCCCCCCUUUUUGGCGCCCCUGGUUGUAACACUGCAAUUUCUCACACUUGCCAAUCCUCCCGAAGUUCAGUGCCCCUCCCGAAAAUCUCCCGGGGCAAGCAAGCAUUCUCCCGAUUUCCACCCGGACAACAAUAUUGGGGGCGUGCCUUAAAGGCACUGCCUUUAGCAUUCUCUACAACCCGUCGUCACGUCCGCAUUUCCUCCAUACAAACAGCGUGCAGGCCCACUGGCAUAAUAUAUGCGGCUAUAACACACACAUAAGUGAAUGCAAUCAUACUUGGUCAACAGCCAUACAGGUCACACUGAGGGUGGCCGUAUAAACAACUUUAACAGUAGAAGCAUUUAAGUCUCAUCUUAAAACUCAUUUGUAUACUCUAGCCUUUAAAUAGACCUCCUUUUUAGACCAGUUGAUCUGCCGCUUCUUUUCUUUCUCCUAUGUCCCCCCCUCCCUUGUGGAGGGGGUCCGGUCCCAUGACCAUGGAUGAAGUACUGACUGUCCAGAGUCGAGACCCAGGAUGGACCGCUCGCCUGUAUCGGUUGGGGACAUCUCUACGCUGCUGAUCCGCUUCAGAUGGUUUCCUGUGGACGGGACUCUCGCUGCUGUCUUGGAGCCACUAUGGAUUGAACUUUCACAGUAUCAUGUUGGACCCGCUCGACAUCCAUUGCUUUCGGUCCCCUAGAGGGGGGGGGGGGUUGCCCACAUCUGAGGUCCUGUCCAAGGUUUCUCAUAGUCAGCAUUGUCGCUGGCGUCCCACUGAAUGUGAAUUCUCCCUGCCCACUGGGUGUGAGUUUUCCUUGCCCUUUUGUGGGUUCUUCCGAGGAUGUUGUAGUCGUAAUGAUUUGUGCAGUCCUUUGAGACAUUUGUGAUUUGGGGCUAUAUAAAUAAACAUUGAUUGAUUGAUUGAUUUAACACUGUUACAAAUAUGCGCCACACUGUGAACUCACACCAAACAAGAAUGACAAACACAUUUCGGGAGAACAUCUGCACUGUAACAUAACAUAAACACAACAGAACAAAUACCCAGAACCCCUUGCAGCACUAACUCUUUCGGGACGCGACAAUAUAUUUUGAUAUUUACCUCAGAAAGCUGCAAAUAGAAAAGAGGUGUAGUUGAGAUAGGUGCCAGCGCCCCCCGCAACCCCAAAAAGAGAUGGAUGGAUCACAUUAAAUUUGUAUUUAAAUUUUAUUUGAUAUGCCAUUGAUAUUUUUUAAUUAUUAUUAUUAUUAUUUGAAACUCGAUUUCUGCAUAUCACUAUAAAGUUACUGUAUACAAGCCUUGCUUGUUCAAUGUUCAAUGCAAAACUUGUUUGGGUCCCUAUUAAAAGGUUCAUUUGUUCAAC